AUGAGACGAUCUCCAGACGAAGUCUCUGAGCUUAGAGCUCCAUCGUGCAGGGUAGCUAGCAGCGUCGAGAAAGAAAAUUUAAACACUUCAGGAGCCCUUCUACAUCGUCUUAAUCACGUUACUAAGAUGUUUCCAGAACUUAAUUCUCUAUUGGAAUGUAACAAGAAGAAUUUACCCAACGGAAAAUCGCUGGUCAUUAUAGAUUCUCAAACAGAUGGAAGUUUCUUAUUGCACCACUUUAUAUCAUUAUACAUUCAAGGCGGUGGAAAAGUUGUAAUGCUUGCUUUUGCCCAGUCUUUCAGUCAUUAUAGCUCAGUUGCCCAGAAACUAGGUAUAAACCUAAAUUCUGCCUGCGACGAUAAGACUUUUGUCUUUUUACCCGGGCUGAAGUAUACAUUAGAUGGAAUUAUUAAUCGAGACGUCGAAAACCCACUUUUGGAUACCAGCAAUUGUAAAUCCCUCCAUUCUUUAUAUCAAGCCAUAAAUUCGGCAAUCUCUGCAAAUGAAAAUCAAUCAUUGCCGACCUUAUUGAUUAUAGACGACAUCAGUACAUUGUUAUAUCUUGGAUUUCAACACACGGAAAUUUGUACCUUUCUAACUUACUGUCAACAUACCGUCUGUAAAAAGACCAACGGUUGUAUACUAUCUUUAAUUCAUAAUGAUUCGGACGUUGAAGAUCAGUCAAGUAAUCUUUUAAGUAGAUGGUUCCAUCAUUUUGCCGACAUAGUUUUGGAGUUAGAAGGUUUACAAAGUGGGAGAUCUAAGGAUGUCCACGGUCAGCUUAAGGUGGUUUUCACGAGAAGAGAGCAAAAUGAUUUGCAUUCACUAUCACCACUUAGUAGAUGCGUUCACUAUAGAAUUCGUGACAAAGGAGUUUCAUUUUUUGCAUUGGGAACCUCACCAGCCAUUUUAUAA